GGAGAGAGAAAUAAACCCAACUUGCCGCACCAAACCCAACCCACGACUCACCCCGCCGCCCGCCCCCAUCCCCAUCUCCGGCGACCGCCGCCCGCGCCGCCCAAACCCUAGGCCUGGACCUACCUCCUCACCGCCUCGACUCUGAUGCGUCCCACCCCAUGGCCCCCCACCCGCGCCUCCGCCUCCUCCCGCUGCUCCUCGCCGUCGCCCUCGGCCUCGGGACUGCCGCCCCCGCCCCGGACGCCUCAGAUCGGGCGGACCCGGACCCGUACUCGAUCCUAACCUGGCACGACUACUCGCCGCCGUCGCCGCCGCCCCCGCCGCCGGCGCCGGCGGCGCCGGCGGCCACCUGCGCCGACGACCUCCACGGGAAGGGCGACUUCAGCACCACCUGCGAGGUCUCCUCGGAGGUCACCCUCCGCGGCGACAUCUACAUCGCCGGCAGCGGCAGCCUGGUGCUCAACUCCGGGGCCGCCCUCACCUGCGAGCGCCCCGGGUGCGUCGUCUCCGCCAACCUCUCCGGCGAGGUCCGCAUCGGCCGCGGCGUGCGCGUCGUGGCCGGGAAGGUCUCCCUCUCGGCCGCCAACAUCACGAUCGCCGACACGGUCGUCCUCAACGCCACCGGCCUCGCCGGCGACCCGCCCGACCGCACCAGCGGCGUCCCCACGGGCACGCACGGCGACGGCGGGGGCCACGGCGGCCGCGGCGCCAGCUGCUACGUCAAGGACGGGCAGACGCAGGAGGACUCGUGGGGCGGGGACGCAUACGCGUGGUCCGACCUCGAGCACCCGUUUAGCUACGGGAGCAAAGGGGGCUCCACCAGUGUUGAGAAGGACUACGGCGGCGGCGGCGGCGGAAUAUUGUGGCUCUUUGCCACGGACCUGUUGAUGAAUGGUACAAUGCUUGCCGAUGGUGGGGAUAGCAGCGAGAAGGGCGGGGGUGGCUCUGGCGGGAGCAUCUUCAUCAAGGCUGAGACUAUGCAUGGCAGUGGCAAAAUCAGUGCUUCUGGCGGCAACGGUUUGGCUGGGGGUGGCGGAGGACGGGUUUCGAUUAACGUUUUCAGUAGGCAUGAUGACACCCAGACAUUGGUUCAUGGUGGACGGAGUUCUGGCUGUCCGGAUAAUGCUGGAGCUGCUGGAACUCUUUACGAUGCAGUACCUAAAAGUCUUGAUGUUAGCAACAAUAACAUGAGUACACAGACUGAUACUCUCCUGUUAGAGUUCCCAAAUCAGCCACUAUGGACAAACGUUAAUAUCAGGAAUAAGGCCAAAGUUGCUGUUCCCUUGCUCUGGAGUCGUGUUCAGGUCCAAGGGCAACUUAGCCUAAAAUCUGGUGCUACUCUAUCUUUUGGAUUGACCCGUUAUCCGUACUCGGAGUUUGAACUAAUGGCCGAGGAGCUUCUUAUGAGUGACUCAACAAUCAAGGUGUUCGGUGCGUUGAGAAUGUCUGUGAAGAUGCUCCUCAUGUGGAACUCCAGAAUGUCAAUUAAUGGUGGUGGAGCAGUAGUUGGAUCUUCCUUACUGGAUGCGAGCAAUUUGAUAGUUCUAAAGGAAUCAUCUGUGAUACAUUCUACUGCUAAUCUUGGAGUUCGCGGUCAAGGACUGCUGAAUUUAUCUGGAGAUGGAGACAUGAUAGAGGCACCACGCCUUAUUUUGUCACUGUUCUACAGCAUACGCGUUGGACCUGGCUCCAUUUUACGGGGUCCACUUAUAAAUGGAAGUAACGGCGAUGUGUCCCCAAAGCUGAACUGUGAAGACGAGAGCUGUCCUGUAGAAAUAAUUUAUCCACCGGAAGAUUGCAAUCUGAAUUCUUCACUGUCAUUUACUCUUCAGGUAUGCCGUGUAGAAGAUAUUGAUGUCUGGGGUCUCGUACAAGGCACUGUAGUUCAUUUCAAUAGGGCAAGAAGUGUUACCGUGCACACAUCUGGCACCAUCAGCGCAACAGGCUUGGGAUGCAAAAGUGGAAUAGGACGGGGAAGAUUGUCGAGUAGCGGCUUAAGUGGUGGUGGUGGACACGGUGGUAAAGGGGGAAGCGGUUUUGUUAAUGGAAGCCGUGCUGAGGGUGGAACUACAUAUGGUAAUGCUGAUUUGCCUUGUGAACUUGGCAGUGGCAGUGGCAAUGACACCACAGGGUCUUCCACAGCUGGUGGUGGUAUAAUAGUGUUGGGUUCGUGGGAGUAUUCUUUGCCAAGCCUCACGGUCUAUGGUACACUAGAAUCAGAUGGUGGCAGUUCGAUCGAUGCUGUAACUAAUGCCUCUAUUGGACCUGGAGGUGGUUCUGGAGGUACAGUUCUUCUAUUUGUGCGUUCAUUGACCCUAGCAGAGAGUUCCGUCCUUUCAAGUGCUGGAGGCUUUGGAAGAGCUGGCAGUGGUGGUGGAGGAGGGGGAAGGAUUCACUUUCAUUGGUCUAACAUUCCUACUGGAGAUGAAUAUAUUCCUGUUGCAGCUAUUGAAGGAUCAAUACUUGCAAGCGGAGGAAUGAGCAAUGGGCCAGGAUUUCCUGGUGAGAAUGGAACAAUUACAGGAAGAGCUUGCCCAAAAGGUCUUUAUGGUACAUUUUGCAAGGAAUGCCCUUUGGGAACAUACAAGAAUGUUACCGGAUCUUCGAAAUCUCUCUGCUUUGAAUGCCCUUCAAGCGAACUCCCUAACCGUGCUGUGUACACAAGUGUGCGAGGUGGCGCUGCUGAAACUCCAUGCCCGUACAUAUGUGUGUCAGAUAGAUAUCGCAUGCCUCACUGUUAUACUGCUCUGGAAGAGUUAAUAUACACUUUUGGUGGACCUUGGUUAUUCGGUCUACUUCUUUCAGGCCUUCUUAUUUUGUUAGCUCUUGUUUUAAGUGUUGCUCGGAUGAAAUUUGUUGGCACUGACGAGUUACCUGGGCCAGCACCAACUCAACAGGGGUCGCAAAUUGACCACUCCUUCCCUUUUCUGGAAUCACUAAAUGAGGUCCUGGAAACUAAUAGAGCUGAAGAAUCGCAUGGUCAUGUACACAGGAUGUAUUUCAUGGGCCCGAACACCUUCAGUGAACCUUGGCAUCUCCCACACACCCCUCCAGAACAGAUUACAGAGAUUGUGUACGAGGAUGCAUUUAAUCGAUUUGUUGAUGAGAUAAACACCCUUGCAGCUUAUCAGUGGUGGGAAGGAUCAGUUUACAGUAUCCUCUGUAUACUUGCGUACCCAUUGGCUUGGUCAUGGCAGCAGUGGCGUAGAAGAAAAAAAUUACAAAGACUUCGCGAAUUUGUCCGCUCUGAGUAUGAUCAUUCAUGCUUACGGUCUUGCCGUUCGCGUGCGCUUUAUGAAGGUCUCAAGGUGACUGCAACCCCAGAUCUGAUGUUGGGAUAUUUAGAUUUCUUCCUUGGGGGUGAUGAGAAAAGACCUGAUCUUCCACCUAGACUUCGUCAAAGGUUUCCAAUGUCCUUGAUUUUUGGUGGUGAUGGAAGUUACAUGGCUCCAUUUUCACUACAUAGUGACAGUGUGCUCACUAGUCUUCUGAGCCAGGCUGUACCUUCUUCGAUAUGGCACCGUCUUGUAGCUGGAUUGAAUGCUCAAUUGCGUUUGGUACGACAUGGAAAUCUCAAAGUAACAUUUCUUCCUGUACUUAAUUGGCUUGAAACCCAUGCAAAUCCGGCUUUGGCCGUGAAUGGUGUCCGUGUCGAUCUUGCCUGGUUCCAAGCUACAACAUUGGGGUAUUGCCAACUUGGUCUUGUCGUUUAUGCUGUUGAAGGAGAACCAGUGACAGCUGAACUUGAUGGUAGCCCUAGAAUUAAAAUUGAGCAGCAUUCAAUAGUGCAGGACAUGCUUGCUGAUGCUCAACUAAGCCACUCAAGGGUUAAGGAUGCUCUUAUGCGCAAGAGGAUUACUGGUGGAAUUCUAGAUAGUAAUACCUUAAGGACACUCAAAGACAGAAGGGAUCUUCUGUAUCCGUUUUCUCUUAUCUUGCACAACACUAAACCAGUUGGGCAUCAGGAUCUUGUUGGCUUAGUAAUCUCAAUAUUACUUCUCGCAGAUUUCAGCUUAGUGCUGCUGACAUUUCUCCAGCUAUAUUCAUACUCUAUGGCUGAUGUUCUCUUAGUCUUGUUUGUUCUUCCUCUUGGGAUACUAUCUCCUUUUCCUGCUGGAAUAAAUGCUCUUUUUAGUCAUGGACCACGCCGCUCAGCAGGCCUUGCUCGCGUAUAUGCAUUGUGGAACAUUACUUCACUGGUCAAUGUUGUUGUGGCUUUGAUAUGCGGUUUCGUACACUAUAAGUCGUCAACCAAAGCACAUCCAAGCACGCAGCCAUGGAACCUGGGAACGGAUGAAAGUGGCUGGUGGCUGUUUCCGACUGGACUCAUCUUGUUGAAAUGCAUUCAAGCAAGGCUUGUUGAUUGGCAUGUCAGUAAUCUAGAGAUACAAGACCGAGCCGUAUACAGUAAUGACCCGAGCAUAUUCUGGCAGUCAUGACACUAGUGGUAACUGAGGUGCUUCUGGUAGCUUUUUACAACUCGACUUUUUGGGAGUUGAUAAAAGAAAAGGAGUGGGGGCAGCACGGCCUUUCUUUAUUGACCAGGCCAAAAGAAGCAACUGCAGUGGUUAUAGAUGCAUACUUCCGCGCCCCUCGUUAAUCACGUGCAGGCACGCAACCUGUGUUCUGUUGUAUAUAUAAAAGGUGUUCUCGAAUCCAUUCUUUGUAGGAUUUAGACACCAUAGAGUUGAAAAGAAAUACCCAAGCUAACUGAAGAAGAGGGGGAGGUGUGAUUUGUUGUUGUUGCUGUCACUGUUCUUGCGACCUUGCCUCUUGUGUUGAGCUGGGCAAGGCCAUCAGUGUGUAACUUUUGUUGUAUCUAACUCUAAAACAGGAAACUAACAUGCCUCAUGGUUUUCAUUAACAAAUAGCAUGGUUGAAAUUA